GGUGCUGUAAUGCUCACUUACAACAACUACCUUCUCAGAAAGCUGACUACUGAAUUGUGUCUCGAGCCAAAUUGUAUUUAACAUUUUGCAUAGAUAUUCUAAAGUCUUCAUUUUGCUUUGAUACAUCAGGAAUCAUUUUUAAACAUGUCUAACGGAUACAGAAUCCCUUUUGAGGAAAUGCUGAAGUGCAGCGUAUGCCAGGGUAGGAUCAAGGAUGCCAGGAGUCUACCGUGUGGACAUACCUACUGCAAGGAUUGUCUCACUAGGUCUGCUAACGCUACCUACCCUCCCGGAGGCAUCCAAUGUGCAGAAUGCCAGAAUAGAUAUCAGCUACCCUUCGGAGGAGCAGAAGGUCUACCGCGCUGCUUCGCCAUCAACAGCCUCUUGGAUGAUAUCAACGAGACCUUUGGCGGAGGCGACAGCGCCACCCUUGGCAGACAUGGUUUCCAAGUCAAGGAAACGUUCUCCUGCGCAUUCUGCUUAAAUCUGAUGAGAGACGCCCGCUAUCUACCUUGCGGACACUCCUUUUGUCGAGAAUGCCUGAAGAUGCAGCCACGAACAACACCAUGUAUCAAGUGCUCCAAGUGCCUGAAGGACCACAACAUACCAGCCCGAGGAAUCGACGGUCUCCCUGUCGCUUACCGCAUCAACAGCAUCGUGGCUGAGAUCAGGUCUAAUGACAAUGAAACUAGUGAUGAAUCCCAGGCGAGUUCAUCCCAGAACAGACGACAUCAACCUCCCCAUCCUCAUCGAUCACCAGACACAAACUCUAGGUCGUUGAUGGAGGACGUCGACGAGGCCAAGAGGAGGGCCCAGGCCGGCAACCAGAUCCAGGUUUUAGUACGACAAAUCAACGGGAGGACCCUCGCCAUCAACAUCAGUGCCAACGCCACCGUUGGCGAUCUCCAGCGAGAGAUCAAGACGAGAACCAGCAUUGACCAAUCCCAGCAGAGGCUGACCUUCAGCGGUCGGAAUUUGGACGACAAAACAAAAACAUUGUCAUCCUAUGGAAUUGUAAAUCUAUCCAAUAUUGAUAUGAAUGCGAGGCUCCGUGGAGGUAGCCAAUAGAUAUUCUUUCCUCCAUUUCCUUUUGAUCAUCUAUUAUUUGUAUUAAUUCAUUUGUUUAGGCAACACAUGGAAAAUUACAUUGCAUAAGCCUUUACGCAUUAUUCAUUAUGUUAAAACUGUAAAUAUGUCCUGUGGAAUUGCUUAUUAUUGUAUGUACUUGAGUAUUUUGUUGAAACCAUAAAAUAAAUUGAAGAAAAUAAAUGUAACAUUGAACUGAAUUGAGUUGAAAUAGAAACAUCUUGAACAAUUCAUUUCUCAUUCAAAACAUGUAUAUAUGUCAUGUUGUUUGUCUUUGAGCUUCACUUCAGCAGCUCCCCACACCCCCCUUAAAAAAAAAACGAUCAAAAAUAUUUUGUGUUAUAUUUAUUCAUGUGUCAUUCUUUAGACAGA